CUCAUCAGCAGUCUGAGAAACCGGUUCUUCCUGCGGGUCGGUUUAAAGGAGAGGUUUUGUGUUGGGUCUCCCACAACACGAGUGAGUCUCUUCUACAGAUAAGCGCAACAUACAAAAGGACUAAAAGAAUGAAGAUCGCUUCAUUCAACGCCAGGAGGUUCGGGCUGAAGAAAUGUAAAGACUGCACAGUGUUUCCAAUCAUCACAAAGAUUGCAGCACGUUAUGAUAUCAUUGUAUUUCUGGAAGUUUUUGAUUCAAAGGAGAAAGCUGCAAAAAUGCUUGUAGAGCAGCUAAACAGCACGGGUGAGAAAGGAGCUUCAUACCAGUACAUUAUAAGUAAACCAUUGGGAAGAGGUGAUUAUAAAGAGCAAUACUUGUUUAUAUACCGGGGAGACUUGGUGAAGGUAAAGGAACAGUAUCAAUAUGCUGACAUGCAGGAGGGGGAUGAGGAUUCCUUUGCACGUGAACCAUUUAUCAUCAGAUUUGAAUCAAAAAAGACCGCUGUAAAGGAUUUUGUCCUCAUCCCCAUCCACACGACUCCCAAAGACUCCGUGCAAGAAAUAGACGAGUUGUUCGAUGUGUACCUUGAUGUGAGCAAAAAAUGGGAUACAAAGAAUAUUAUGGUGCUGGGAGAUUUCAAUGCUGAUGGAGCUUACGUCUCGGGGAAGAAAAUGAAAACAAUCAAACUGAGGAGCGAUAAGAGUUUUCACUGGUUGAUCGCAGAUGACAAAGACACAACGGCCACCAACACAACGGACUGCUCCUAUGAUCGAAUAGUUGUCCACCAGGAUCUCCUCCAAUACAUUGUUCCAGACUCCGCCAAGCCCUUUAACUUCCAAUUGGAGUAUAAACUGACAGAUGAGGAGGCUUUGGCUGUCAGCGAUCACUACCCAGUGGAAGUAGAGCUACAACCACUGAAAGGAAAAGGUGGAAAGAAAUAGUGAUGGAACAUAGUCCAGAAAUGUGAUCUGCUACUGAAUAUUCUUUGCAGCAGUACGGCCCAACCUCCAGAACCAUGAAUUACCAUACGUUGUUUCAUUUGCUGUCAGAAUCAUGGCAAAGGCAGCUAUUUUGCCAGUGGUGAACCAAUGUCCCAAAUAUCGAGGCCUAGAUUUUUCACAUGAACCUUUCCUGAGAGAAAUAUGGAGGCUGCAAUUGCCAACGUCUUAUUCUGUGAGCUCCACUCGGCUGUCAUGCUGAUUCGUUGGCUUCUAACAGAAUUUAAAGCGUUUGUUGACCCAUAUAAAAAAAAAAAAAAAAA